AUGAAGUUUCUUUGUUAUUCGUCUCUUUUAUUAACAACACUACUGUUAUUAAUAUCAUCAUCAUGUUGGGGUUCAGAUUUAGAAAAUGAAUUACAUCAUGUUCUGGACAUCGCAUCACAUCUGUCCACCUCAGUUUGCCAAAGGACACCCCCUCCAGGUUUGAAGAACAAGCGAUCAUCGGCAGUAGUUGAAGUCAUCCGCAGGCACGGUCCGUGCGCUGAUGAGCGGCUGUUAAAUCAAACAAAAUCAUCCCAACUGAGCUUGGGUGAGGAGAUCCUACGCAACGACCAAUCAAGGGUUAAAUCCAUCCACAAGCGACUGCGAGGCCGACGCGGCGUUGUUGGCUCUCCCGUCAGCACAGGCGAUUUCCUAGAUUAUGGCACCCAUAUCGUCACCAUGGGCCUCGGCACACCAGAAACUAAUCACUUCCUCAUUCUCGACACUGGCAGCGACCUGACAUGGACUCAAUGCCAACCGUGCUCUCUGUCCUGCCACAGACAACAAGGCCCCAUAUUUGACCCCUACAAGUCCAGAUCGUAUUCCGACAAUUCUUGCAAUCCCUCCGAGUGCUCAGCUACUUCGGCGACUUCAUUCAAUCCUGGUUGUUCCUUAACCAAUAAAUGCACCUACAGCGUCUUUUACGGUGAUAACUCCGUGACCACCGGAUUCCUCGGCAAAGACAAACUUACCAUAGCACCAAACGAGACCUUCUCAGAUUUCGCGUUUGGUUGUAGCCUAUUCAGUCAGGGAUUAUACGGCCUUACGGCUGGACUUCUGGGCCUCGGCAGCGGACCCAUAUCCUUGUAG